AAUUGGUUUUAUGUGUGCCUUUCAGUUUGUGAAGGGUGUGAUAGACAUGAAAUAAUAUGAAAUGUUCUACAUGGCAACCACAUGAACAGUCGGCUGAUACACCCAAACACCAAACACAAUCAGUUUUAAUUAUAGACUUAAGAUAUGUAAUACUAGUAUACAUCAUGCUAUUCAUUCCUCCAUUCCAAAAGACUUUGUAAGUGUAAUUGAAUAAGUGUUUAUAAUGAUUUGUGCGAUAAUGCGCACUAUUUCUCAGCGCAUGUGUACAGUAAGUCGUUUUGUCAGCUGCGAGUGAAGUAACGACGCCAUAGGAUCUGUCAGUUUUGAAUUUUGUACGUUGUAACUAUCAUUGUAUGUACAGAAACUAUUGAGUGUAUGUUCGAAGUUAUAUUAUUCCGUCGUACUUCGGUUGAAAAUUAUUUUGCGGUUUCAAACAUAAUUUUAAUAAGACCCACCAGGAAAGUUUUGUAGGAAGUAUUAUAAAUUGAAUUGAAAUUGGCAAGGAAAUGGUAAUUUUCAUUUAAAUGAAUUGAUCAAGGCCCUUUUUGAACCAGGUCUUGGGGUAAAUUGUAUUAAAAAUAAAAAACCUCAGACAUGGAUCAGGGCCUAUCCGAUAAUGUUCAUCCACUUGUUAUGCAGUUGAAUGAAGCUCUGAGCUUGGAAACAAAAUUCCAAGCUAAUCUUAAACUUCCCAGCACAACUCAGGCAUCAACUGAAAUUACAACAGGGAUAAGAGGAGUGUCUGCCCAUGUACUACGCUGCUUAAAAGUGUGGUAUGAUCUUCCCAGUGAGGUCCUGUUUGUUGCUAUUAACCUAAUGGAUAGGUUUCUAACAAAGAUGAAGGCAAGGCCAAAAUAUAUGGCUUGUAUUGCUGUCAGUUCAUUCCAUCUUGCCUGCAAAGAAGUGAUGCAACAUCGACAGAAGGUUGACUGUGAUUCAGAUUGGAUUGUACCUGAUUCUAGAGACCUUGUCACUAUUUCCCAGUGCAAGUGUACUCUUGGGGAUUUGGCACGAAUGGAGGACAUAAUUUCGUGCAAACUUGGUGCAGAACCAAAUGUCUUGCCAAUAACUCCUUUGACAUUUCUCCAGCUAUUUCACGAACUAUUUUCUGCUGCUGCGAAAAGCCUUGGAUUGUUAUCUUUUUAUAAAAGUAUCGUUGAUGAGUCAACUAUGUGGCUGUGCUUGGAGAUAAUAGCCUGUGAUGGAUCAUGUGCAAAUUUUAGAGCUUGUGAAGUUGCUUUAGUGUUGUUGUGUACUCAGCUAGAAGGGGGAGUAUCAAAAUUAACUUCCAAAAGUCAUCACAGUUCAGGUUCCAGUGCCAGUGCUGAAGUUAUGCAACUUAUUGGAUUUGCCAUGGAGCUUCAGAAAAUCUGUAAGAAAUUAGCUGACCAGAUACUGGUUAAAGCAGCAUGUUCUGGUGACAAAUCUUCUUUCUUCUGCUGUCAUGAUGCUGUUUUCAGCAUUCUUGCUCAUUAUAAUGCAGAGUGCCAAAUGCCUUAUCGUCAACGCUUGGUGUGGAAACUAUCACAUCGAACUCUUAGAUAUUUGCGUCCAACUGACAAACUCACAUCAUUAUUACCAACAAUUGAUGAACUGCGUCAAUUGCAAACUCCGUCUAGAGUUAGGUUUGGUAGUGUGAGCUCAAAUGAAAGUUGGGAAUCGGAAAAGGAAGAAAAAUUUUCCAGAGAUUGGGAUGCUGAAGAAGUGAUUUCUCUGCAAGAGUAACUUCGUCUCUACAGAACGCUGUUUUGUUGUACAGUUCCAUGGGUGUCUUUUUCUACAUGCACUAGUCAUAAUAUCUUCCCUUUGCACAGUGUUCUGCUCCUUUUAAAAAUAACAUGAUAAAAUCUUGUUAUUUAUAUGUGAUAAAAUAUAUUGAGUGCUUAAAAAAAUUAAAAGUUUUAGGACUCUACAAAUAUUCCAAGAUGCCAUUUAAGUAAAACAUAUCUUCUGAUGUAUACCACUCUCGAAAUUUUAGAGAUAAUAUUUCGAAAUGGAAAGUGAAAUUUCCUCGUGGUGUGUAACUAAGAACGAGAAUAUACCAGAUUUACAAUGAUGUAAGAAUGGAAGUUUUCUAUUAUUAUUAUUAUUAUUAUUAUUAUUAUUAUUAUUGUUAUUAUAUUAAAUUUGGGAUUUCUGGCAAAGAGAUGUGGCAAACAUAAGAAAAUAUGAUACUUCUACAAAUUUAUUUGGCGGUUGUAAUCCUCUGGAAUUGUAUGGUCCUAAAUAAUAAAUACAAAAAAGUACAAAAAACUACGUUGAAAUGUACAAAAAUCAUUCAUGUUUGUAUGAGGAGGCAUUAUAUUUUAAUGUCAUUUUAUGUAUGAAUAAUAGACGGUGCAUCAGUCUUGCAUUUUUCUCUAGGGAAGAGAAUCUCACAUGCAUAUGUAUAUAUUCCUAGUCUUCUGUGUUACCAAAUUAAGCAUUUUGAAAAGUUGAGGACUUAUUUCCUCAGUACUGCUUAUUCUAAAUACUUAAUUUACAGCAAAAGAAGUGCGAUGGAUCAAUGGUUUCCUUCUUAAAUAACUUAAUUUAUGGAUGCUGGGAAACAUGUUUCUUUAAUCAAAUUACUUCGUAUUUACCCAGUGAUGAAUUUACUCGCAACCUUAGAGGUAAUGAAAGGUGUUCAGAUCGUUUAAAUUUUGUUAAUGUGCUGAUUCUUGGACAAAAAUUUAAUUUCCAGGAGGAAACCAUUGAAGAGUUCAUGUUCUUGAAAAUUGUAUUUCAGAACAUUUUUCUUUUGUUUUAUUUAAUUUUUAAUACAUCUGCAUUUUGCGUGCUAGGUUAAUUUUUUAUAAUGUAAGAUAUUCUUUUGUUAAGAUUUUUUUUCUCUAAUUCUUUGUAUUGAACUGACUGAUUGGAAGUGGGAGAAAUAUUUUGAUACAUUUUUAUGAGAAGAAUUGCAUUAUUCAACUUGUUUAACUUUUGCAUUUGAUCUGUGCUAAAUGUUCUGUUCAACUACUCAGGGUUUCAAGUGUGGUGAUCUGAAUAAGACACUACAGAGAAUUGGACCAUUUAUAGUGUGUGAUGAAAAAGAAAAGUACAAAUAACUUUGGGAAUGAAGCGAAGGCAAUGCAUUUUCAGAAUGUGAAUGUCUUCUUAGGGAUAAAACACCCUCAUUCCUAUGAAAGCACAUUAAAACCAAGAAACCACAGUAAAUUAUUGUGAGGGUAUUGGUUUGUUAAUGAUAGAUGCCAUUUGUUACCAGUUGCCAACAGAAAGAAGUUUUGACAUUGACAAGCACUGUUUUAUUCCUUCAGAAAACAAUUCUUACAUUAACAUUUUGCUGCUAAAAUAGUGUUAUGUAAGUAGUCUUGACACUUCCUAUUCCUUCAAAGACAUUUGAGUAAAUUGUCAAAACAACUUUCUGAAUUAUAUAAAUGGUAAAAUGUGUUCAUGUGUAAUAGCACUGGUGAUAAUUUUUUAGAUAUCUGAAAAUUUUUGAAUAGUUAUUGUACCAAAUAUUCAUAUUAUUUUAUGUGACUGGAUUCAGGUGUCAUAAAUCAUACGAUUAUUAAGAAAUUGUGUACAUAUAGUUAAUAGUUAAAAUUUCUUCAUAAAUCUUCCUCGUUGUAGAAACCUUGUGCCUCAGUUGUUGCAGAGGUAGCACUGCCUCUUAAUAACAAAAGCAAACGCUGCUGUUUAUAUGUGUAUAUGUAUCUGAUGUUAAUAAAUUGGUCUAAUGUGAAUGAAUU